UUCACCUUUCAAGUCUCCCUACACAGUUCUAUAAGACAGUAUGCUUGCACCAUCAAGAUUCCAACUUUGAUUCCCAAAUCCCAAAACACAAUUUCAACGACACACAACCGUUUUCAACUCAAUCCCUCGAAAUUCACACACAAAGAAUUUCAGGUUCAUUCCAAGGUGGGGUGGUGGGUUUGUGGUGAAGCCAUGAAUUUCAGGAGUUUAGAGGAUUUUUGGGCCUUUUACAUGAACCAACACUCCAAGGCUUCCACAAGGCGAUGGCACUUCGCAGGAACACUCUUCAGCAUUCUCUUCUUCCUCUGCUCGCUCCUCUUCAGUUGGUGGUUCUUGUUUAUUGUACCAUUCUCUGGCUAUGGUUGUGCUAUCUACAGUCACUUGUUUGUUGAAAGGAAUUUCCCUGAAACAUUGAGACACCCCUUUUGGUCCCUUUUGUGUGAUUUCAAGAUGUUUGGGUUCAUGCUCACUGGCAACAUGGAUAAAGAGAUCAAAAGGCUUGGGAAGAGACCUGUGUUGCAAGUGCUUUGA